AUGCUACAGGCAACACUAAAAGCAGGAAACCAGCAUUCUCUUCCAGCUUCGUCACCAGGUAGAGAAUUGCGGCCAAAAUCAGUUGGUGAGAACGAAAAAAUGAACUAUCCGGAACAUGAGGGAUUCACCGCAAAUUCCGGAACUGGAUCUGACAAAUUGACCGCGGGAUCAGGUCCCAAGAAUGGAGGAUUAGGCGGAGCCAAUGAGGGCAGCGAACUGGAGAAAGCAGGACAAGAAAAGCGGUUCCAUGUAAAACGUUGGAGCGCCUGUGCUUUCUGGGCUUGGGACGUCAUGCACGACACUUGUGUAAUAUGCAGGAACGCCAUGAUGAGUCUUUGUGAGUCAUAUGUUCCCCAGACUACUGUCCCCCAGUAA